UUUCCGCGUUGCGUUUUUCUUCCUCAGGGCCUAUUACGAUAGAUCGUUAGUUUUUUGGAUGCCAAGUGAGACGAGGUUCCUAAUAGCUGGUUUUCCCCCAAUAUUUUUUGAUAAAUAACGCUGUGUAAGGCGAUUCCAUAAGAAGCAUCCGUUUUAGAUGUGGAGGAUCAAACACUUUGUUUACCCUUUUAUAGAACGAUUUGAAAUGAGUAGAAUUGUAAAUAUGCAAACAAUCUGCGUCCGGCGAAUCGUUGUGCGUUUGAAACAACAGAAUGCGGUACAGAUGUCUUCCUCUUCAGGCGCUGCCGCACAGAAUAUGUGCCUGGAUCUCGUGAGGCGACACGAUAAGGAAAACUUCCUGUGCACGCUGCUGCUGAAGAAUCCGGAACGGCGCAGCGCAUUUGCGGUGCGCGCGUUUAAUGUGGAGGUGGCGAAGGUCAGCGAGAAGGUAUCGUCCAGCAGUAUCGGUGUGAUGCCGCUGAAGUUUUGGGACGACACCAUCGCUGGCCUGUAUCGCAAGAAUGGUAGCAAAGUUCCGGAGCACCCCGUUAUCGAGGAACUGGCGAGCGCAAUUAACCGGCAUAGGCUUUCUAAAAUGCACUUUCAGCGACUGAUUAGCUCGCGACUGAACACGAACCUGCAUUUCGCUACGGUGCAGCAGCUGGAGGACUAUGCGGAGCAUUCCGUCUCUAGUGUGCUGUAUCUCCUGUUGGAAGUGCACGACACACGUAGUGUACACUGCGACCAUGCUGCUUCACACCUGGGCAAGGCGCAGGGUAUUGUCAACCUGCUCCGCGCGAUACCACAUCAGACGCUGCGGAACGCGGUCCCGGUUCCGCAGGAGCUACUGAUUUCGCACGGUGUCAACCAGGAGCGCAUGGUGCGUAACGCGAAGGAAGAUAAGGCGGUAGAGGAAGUCACGUUUCAGUUGGCCAGCAUUGCUCAUCGGCAUCUUCAAAAGGCUAAAACCUUGCUGCAAGAUUCCGCCAAGGUGCCACGGAAAGUGCAACCGAUCUUUUACCCCGCCGUCACCAUUGAACGGUUUCUCGAUCGCUUACGGCAAGCGAACUUCCAUCUGUCGAGCCCAAGUGUAAUACGUACAGAUGCACUACUGCCGCUGGUUCUGUACUGGCACAAUCUACGAGGCAAAAUCUGAAAGACAGCGCCCCCAAACAUAGUAAUAGUCCAGAUGUACAAAAGCAUGUUGACGGAAUGAGUAGGCAUAUUUGAGAAAACAGUGAGAAAAUUGAAACAUAAUCACCUUUAUUUCCCGAUUAUUUGUAUAUUUGUAAGAGGGACAGAGGAGAGAGAAAAGGAGAACGGAAGAGAGAAUACAAAAAAUCAAAAUAUGUGACGCCA